UGCAAUUGCAGAUGCGAAGGAUGAUUUCCCAGGUGUCUCUGUUCAGUGUGCUUUGCUUCCUUUUAUCGUUGCCAGGUUUGCUGGAGGCAACAUCUCUGGUGAAAGUAAAAAAUCCAGAAGGAAAGUCACUCAACAUUGACUCAGCUCAAGCGCACGAUUUCUUGACGAAUUCCAGACCUAAGAGAAAUAUCGACCCAAAAUGGUACAGAGGCAAUCCAGAUUUUCAGUCCUACUACCGCUUUUACAACAGCAUAGGGCACAUCGAAGGACUCUAUGAGAUCGACAGGAUCAGGAUGCUGUAUCAGCAGAUGCGUCAUUUGGAGCUGACCUACGGCCCCGACGCUUCCAUUUACCAAAAUGUCAUGGGUGCCCUGGCCAGUACUGCAGCACCAACUACGACAACACAGCCUCCGCCACCUUCCACUCCACCUGCUCCCACACCAGACCCUCUGGAGAAUGCUCAGAGGAUCUAUCUGUGCAACCCCAAAGACCCACUGUGCAAACCCCAAAUUGUCUACCUGCCAACGGGAGCAGUUCCAGUACUGUGUGACCCACGGCUCAAUCCCGCCUGCGGGCCCAAAACAGAAGAAGAGAUAAAUGCUGCAGCCCCCCCACCACCAGCCCCGGAGGCUCCUGCUCCUGAGAAAUCGGACAAGCCUCCUGCUCCUGUUGUCACGGCCAAAGGUAUGGAGUAUGACUGUGACCCAUACUGGGAUCCGGACUGCCUCGUGGACAACCCUCCCAAUUCUGCCCAGGAAACUUCUGCACCAAUAGCACCCGCUGAGGAGGAGGUGGAAAAAGAGGAGGAGACAACAGCUGAAGAGGAUGUCGCAGUCCCACUCGCCUCAGCGACCCAGAAAACCCCCUAUGCUUAUUUUGAUCCUUAUGAUUUCACACGUGAUCUCUAUGACCCCUAUCGUUAUGCUGAGCCAGCUCCUGAUCCAGAGUAAAAACAAGUCAUUUGAUGAGCGAUUGCAUUCUUUGUAGACCAAGAUGAAAAAUUGGAUAACAAGGCCAAACCAAAACAUAUAAAAAGGACAGACAUAUCUCGCAAACUAAAAUAUGUUAGAGCGCACACAACAGAUAUCAUACUUUUUCCUAAUGACAAACCAAAUAUAUCUUUCCUGUACUUGAUGCGCAAUAAACUUCUGUGUGGAAAAACAUCCAAAUAAAAAAAUUAAAAUAAAAAGAAUGAUGAGUGAAAAAAAGUGUG